UUAAAUUUAGGAAAAAAAAAAUCUUUAGUUAUUGAAUCCUCACCGAUCUUCUCGGUUCCAGAUUAAUCUCUCUGAUUCAGUUAUUCUCUCUGACCCAAACGUUUCAAGAAAAUUACAACCAAUCCUCACAAUUUGUUUCACAACAGCUAUUUUUUAACUCAUCAAACUUUUCGUUACUCUCUCCCUCCCUAUUUCUACUUUUUUAUCAUCCACAAGUUUUUGUUGUUGUUGUUGUUGUUGUCUUCUCUCCCAACCUUUCUCCUCCUCUUGGGAUCAUCAUCAUCAUGAUGAUUUGAUUAGUAAACAUAACCUUUAGAAUCUCGAUGAUGAAUGACCCUUAUCAAACAUGGGUCACUUUUCACUAGAUUCUAUCUUAGGUUAUUUUCACUAACCCGAUAACCGGGAAUAACCCAAAAAAAUAAUCCCAAAACCGGAAACCCGUUUUAUAAAUAAUAGUAAUGAUGACUCGCCACGUGAUUUUGAAAUCGGCGUUGUUAGCGUCGUCGGAAGAAUCGGCGAUGAGAAACUAUUCUUCUCCACCGUCGACGGCGUUAGGUAAAGAGAGGAGAAAAGUUGGAGAAGUGGCAGGAGGAGCGGCGGCGGAGUGUGCGGCGGUUUGGUGUUGUUGUCCAUGCGCGGUUGUGAAUCUGGUGGUUUUGGCCGUUUAUAAAGUCCCGGCGGCGGUUUGUAAGAAAGCUUGGAGACGAAGCAAACGGCGACGGUUCACGAGAAAACGGCAUGGUUUGCUUGCGUCAGCGGCGGCGGAAGGGAGCGAGAGCACCGUACACGCUAGAUUGAAUGAGGAGGAUCCGACGGCUGAGAUUGUUUUUGAGGAAUGUCACGUGACCGAUGAGGUAAACGACGUCGUUAGACUUGAGAAUGAGAUGUUGGAUCGUUUCUACGGGGCUGGCUUUUGGAGAAGCCCUUCACAAAGGGACACGUCAUCAGGAAGCCUAUAAAAAAAGAUUAUUCUUCUUAAUGAAAUCUUUUGGGUUUUUUUGGUUUGUUUGAGGGAAUUUAAUAGUAAUUUAUUUAUUUAAAACAUUUAAGUAAUUUCAAUUGUUAUGUGAAUAGGAAGAACAUAGCAUCCUCUGUACAUUUUUUUUUUUUUUUACAAUGUUCAUUUUAAAUGUAA